AUGAUGGACCACGACGAAAGAUCUCCUCUGCUUAGGCACGAGGGUAGAACCCCUUCUCAAAUAUCUGAGGCAACUCAGCUGUCCAUCACCCAGGAGGCCUUUCGCCUUUUACGAUCCACGAUCCCCAUCACUGCCUCCUUUGCGCUACAGAACAUUGUACAGGCCGUCAGCGUCAUCAUCGUCGGCAGCCUAGGUCACCACGAGCUUGAUAUCGCGUCCUACGGCUAUAUGUUCGCCACCUGCACUGGUAGCAUGGUGGCCAUCGGGGGUGCCACGGCGCUGGACACGCUGUGCGCGCAUGCCGUGGCUGCCGCUGGCAAAACGAAUGAGUCCCCGACUCUCCUCGGUCGGCAUCUUCAACAGAGCUUGAUAGUUCUCAGCACACUAUUCAUCCUGGUCAUCACACCUGUCUGGAUCUUUUCUGAUCGCCUGUUCCUGGCGCUGGGACAGGAGGCUUGGCUCGCUCGAGGCACACACCGCUUCUUGGUCCUGAUGCUGCCUGCUGGCUACUUCCAGAUGCUGGCCGAGUGUCUUAAAAAGUAUGGCCAGGUACAGGGGCAGAGCACAGCGGUGGGCUGGGCAACGUUUGCCGCGACCAUCGUCGGGGUUGUUUCCAAUCACAUCUUCGUCAAGGCGACGCCGCUCCGCAUCAACGGUGCCCCAUGUGCGUUUUUCAUCUAUCAGCUCACGACGGUAGCUAUCCUUUGCGUUCUUCUGGUUCGCAGAGAACGCCAAACAAAGACGAUAGUGUUUAUUCGGACUUGGGAAAGCUUACUGGAUGGCCUCUGGGUCAAUGCUUUCUUGUCCUUGACUGGUCUCACUACCAUUGCCACGGAGUGGUGGAGCUUUGAGAUUCUAGCUAUGAUGGCUGCUCGUCUCUCGGCAAGUGAAAUUGCUGCUCAGAGUAUCUUGAUGUCCGCGGACCUCAUUUUUACCACCGUUUCUUUGGGCGUCGGAGUUGCCUCUAGCCACCGAAUUGGCCAUUUCUUCGGCCGCAACGAACCUCUCUACGCCCGUCGUGCCGCUCUCUCGCCUUAUGCACUGUCUUUGGGUCUCGGCCUAUUCGAGUUCAUCCUCAUUAUGGCCGUACGGAAUCGGUUCGGUUAUCUGUUCACCUCAGACCCUGACUCGGUGGCCAUGACUGCCAAAGUCUUACCUCUUAUGGCAGCGUUUCAGGUCCUGGACCUCUCCAACGGGGGUGCUGGCGGAAUCCUGCGAGGCGCCAAGAAGAACCACCUGUCAGGAAUGUGCAACUUUCUGGCAUACUACGGUAUUGGCCUUACGUCGGCUUGGGCUCUGUGCUUUCGACUACAAUGGGGUAUCGUUGGGCUUUGGGCUGGCAUUGUUUGCGGGAGUGGAGGGUUGAUCAUCUUGCAGUCUCUCUGCGUGGUAUGCCUUCCCUGGAAGAAGAUUGCCCGAGAUGUAUCUGGAGAGUCAGACAACGAUGCGUCUCGAGACAUCAUGGAGUAG